UGUUAUUUGAUAUCAGACUGGUGCGUUAUUUCCCAGAGAGCGUUUGUGCUUGCCACUAAGCAGCGGACCAUGCGCUUUGGCAGACGAAACAAAAUUUCAAUCAGCUCUGCUGCAUUGGACGCAUCCGGAACAGAAAAUGGAACUAACACUGACGCCAAUGCGCGAGAGUGUAAAAAUGCCGAGAGGGAUCCGGAGAAAAAUCCUUUUCUACAGAGGAAUAUUUCAAAGCCAACCACAGAUCUGGACACUCUAAUUCAUUUAAUAAAGGGAAGUUUUGGGACAGGGGUGUUCGCAACACCAUUUGCAUUUGCCAAUGCUGGAAUGGUCACUGGUCUUUUCGGCUCGCUCAUUAUUGGCUUUAUUUGCUCCCAUUGUGUUCACAUAUUGGUAAAAAGCGCUCACGAAUUGUGCUGGAGGCAUCAAAUUCCAGCUUUAGGAUUUGGUGGGAUUGCAGAAGUGACAUUUAGAGAAGGACCAGAAAAAACCCGGAAGUUGGGCGUGGUAGUUAAAAUAAUUAUUCAAGUGAUGGUAAUGAUUAUUGCCAUUGGAGUGUGCACGAUUUUCCAAGUAUUCGUCGCUGCCAAUGUUUCGCAGGUUAUCAACUUCUACACAGAUUCAAACAUCGACAUCAAGUUGUAUAUUUUGAUGGUGAGCGUAGUAGCUGGAGCACUCGGUAUGAUCAAAAGCCUGCGCGUGCUAGCUCCAUUCUCCCUCUUGAGCAACGUUUUAGUUUUGGCUUCCGUUAUAAUUGUGUUCAUUUAUGUGUUUGAUGAUCUUCCAAGCAUUACGGAGAGACCAGCCUUUAUGCCUGCGAUUAGACUUCCAAUAUUUUUCAGCAUCAUCGUCUAUUCCCUUGAAGGGAUAAAUGUGGUCAUGCCUCUAGAGAACAACAUGAAAGAUCCCCAAAAUUUCCUUGGACGCUUCAAUGUUCUGAACACAGGACUCGCUAUUAUAGUCUGUCUUUUUACUUUCGUUGGUUUCUUUGGCUAUUUGAAAUAUGGAGAAAAGACUCAAGGCAGCAUAUCUCUCAAUUUGCCCGACGAUGAAAUAUUGGCACAAUCAUCAAAGAUAAUGCUAUCAAUUGGCAUUCUUCUGAGCCAUCCACUGCAGUUUUAUUGCGGAGUUGAGUUUACUUGGGCUAAGCUAUCACCAAAAAUUGAGAAAAGGUGGCCAAAAUUCAGCGGCACUUUGGGAGAGUACAUUUACCGCCUCUUGCUCAUACUGAUUACGACGGGCUUAGCCAUCGGAGUUCCUUUUUUUGACGCUUUGAUCGGCAUAGGAGGGUCGGUUUGCCUCUCAACCUUGGGCCUGUUGUUUCCCACAACGAUUGAGACGAUCGUUUACUGGAGAAAGUGGGGCAAAUGGAACUGGAAACUUUGGAAGAAUAUCCUGAUUUUCCUAUUUGGUCUACUUGUCUUUGUCACUGGUCUCGCAGGAAGUAUUGUAACACUCGUGAUUUCCUUCCAAGGAGACGGAGAACCGGAAGAAGGACUUGUGCAAAGCUUAAAACAGUUCACUGACCAGUAUAGAUUUGUUUAAGAAUAUUGACUGUAGUAGAAAUUGUGAAUACCAAAAAGAGCAUUAGUUUUUUAAUGUUCCCAUUUAAAAAGAUAGAUAAAUAAAAAAAUGAGAAAACAUG